AAUGAAAACAGGAAGAAAGACACCAUGAGGAAAUAUUUCCACAAAAUGAAUCAGAGAGCGAUGGGGUGAUAUUGUGCGGUGGAAUGAGUCGUGAACUCAGCGCGUCAGCCAAAGACAGAUGGAAGAGAUCGAGGCUUUGGCUUUUCAGAGAGAGAGAGAGUGAAGGAAUACGUCUUCCAUGAGCUGAUUUUUUUUUUUUUCUUUUUUUUGCUGGACAUCUCAUAUGAUGGAACGAGCGAUGGAGCAUUUGAAUGUACAGCUGAAUCGACUGACGCGUUCCCUGCGUCGCGCGAGGACUGUGGAACUCCCAGAAGACAGUGAAACAGCGGUGUACACCCUCAUGCCCAUGGUCAUGGCUGACCAACACAGGUCAGUUUCUGAAUUGCUUUUAAACUCAAAGUUUGAUGUCAACUAUGCCUUUGGACGUGUUAAAAGAAGCCUUCUACACAUUGCUGCCAACUGUGGAUCGGUCGAGUGUCUUGUCCUGCUGUUAAAGCGUGGAGCGAAUCCAAACUAUCAGGAUAUCUCCGGCUGCACACCUCUGCAUCUAGCUGCAAGAAACGGACAGAAGAAGUGUAUGGGCAGACUGUUAGAGUACAACGCUGAUGUUAAUAUCUGCAAUAAUGAAGGUCUCACUGCUAUUCAUUGGCUGGCAGUGAAUGGAAGGACAGAGCUUCUUCAUGACCUGGUGCAGCAUGUGUCUAAUGUGGACGUGGAGGACGCCAUGGGCCAGACAGCCUUACAUGUGGCCUGCCAGAACGGACACAAGACUACAGUGCAGUGUCUCCUGGACAGUGGAGCGGACAUCAACAGACCCAAUGUCUCUGGAGCCACUCCACUCUAUUUCGCCUGCAGCUUUCUUUGGAGUUUGAUGGGAAUAAAGGAGUUCAAGUGUCUUUGCUGUAAGGACAGGCUAAUAAGAACGCAGUCUGAUGAAGAUGUGCCACUGUCUGUAUUCUGAGUGUGCACUCAUAUGAGCUCAGUUGCUGAGCAACAGCACUCCAUCCGUCUCUUGUUUUGAUUACAUUUUGCCGCUGAUAUCAGCGCACUCAAGACUGAUGAUGAUGUGAUCAACACUAACAUGCCUCACAACAGAUAAUUAAAGAGUAAUUAAACAUACGCUUGAAAGGCUUUCAAAACAUGGAAUCUAGGCCUGUUUAUGACUCUUCUAAUUCUAUACCAAUUUUUGUGAUGCUUCUGUGUUGUAAAUCAACCAUACACAAUUUGUUCCGGAUGACUAGAAUAGCUAGACAAGUCAUGUAAAUGUAUUUAUUUAUAAAAGUGGGAUCACUGAGAAAAAA